AUGGCUGAAAGACUUGCUAUUGAUAUUGCCAAAAAUGUGGCUGGAAAGAUUGCCGAGAUUGUAGUGAGUGAAGCAACGCUCGUGCUCAACUUCAGAGAUGACUUUGAAUGGUUGCAGAUGAAGCUCACAGAUAUAUCUGGUUAUCUACAAUACGCAGAUGAGCAAAGUACGCUCAAUGCUUCUGCCAAACGAUGGCUGGCGGAAGUGCGCGACAUUGCUCUUGAUGCAGAAGAUAUAAUUGAUGAGUGCGCUGUUGAGCCUUUGUAUACAACGCCCAUUCAGUCAUGUGUGUGUUGUUUCAGUCAGACAAACUUCCGGCGUAUAAUGGGGAAGAGGAUUAAAGAUCUACAAGAUAGGAUGAGCUCUUCUAUUCAAAAGGCACAGGAGAUUAAUCUUGUUCAUCAUGUAUUGCAAUCAAGUCAGCCUUCAACCAGUACUUCUGAAAGAGAGAGAAAAGGAGGAGCAGAGUUGAGAAGAGGGAGUAAGCCAGAUUCACGAGCAGUGGGUGUGGAGCACAAGGUGAAGGAAAUAGAGAGAUUGUUAGAGGAGCCUGAAAUUGGUGUUGUUGCCGUCGUGGGUAUGGGCGGCCUGGGUAAGACAUUCCUUCUGCAGCAUGUCUAUGGCGGAAAUAAACAUGAGUAUGACCAUUCUGCCUGGGUUUCUGUUUCACAGACUUGUUCUCUCAGAGCUUUGCAAGGUGACCUAGCCUUCCAAAUUGAUUUAAAAAUAGAGGCUAGUAUAAGUGAGGUGGUAGUUUCUGACUUGAUACAUGAUAAACUACAUGGAAAAAAGUGUUUGAUUGUUCUGGAUGACGUGUGGAAGAGUAGUGUACAAGGUGACAUGAUACAAAGGCUUGGUCUUCCCACUGCCAGAAAUAAGCAGUGUAAAAUUGUGGUUUCCACAAGAGAUAAAGAUGUUGCUGCCAAAAUGAGGGCCCGCAUCUAUGAGAUGCAACACUUAUCGGAGGAAGACAGCUGGAACCUGUUUUGCCUGUUUGCCUUCCCGGAUUGUGAGGGAAAUAGGCCGCCUAAGCAGCUGGAGAGAUUGGCUCAUCAAAUCGUAGAAAAAUGCGGGACGUUGCCCCUGGCUGUUAAGACGGUCGGAGCAUCCAUGGCAAGCUGUUCGGACUGGCAGUCAAAACUGAGGCAAUUAAUGGAUGUAGGAAGGGCAGAUAACUUCACGACGCAAAUCCUCAAGCUGAGUUACGACUCUAUUCCUUCCUAUCUAAAAUCUUGUUUUGCUUAUUUGUCUUUCUUUCCAGAGGAUACGAAGAUAUUUUAUUCUAUAGAAAAAAGUGAUGAAGGAUAUAUACACCAGGAAUAUUUGAUAUAUUUGUUGAUAGCGGAAGGUUUUAUUCCACAAGAAAAGGAUAGAGAACAAUAUGAUAUUGGGCUGAAUUACUUACAACAACUUCAAAAUCUCUGUCUAUUGGAAGUCCAGAGAUUUUUUGCUUGUUACACUAUUCAUGACUUGUUUCUUGAUUUGGUUACUAAUAUAAGUAGAGAAAUCAAGUGUGAAUUUGCUCUUCCAUUGAAAGAAACAAGCUGCCGCAGAAAGCUCUCUUCAUUGUCAACGAUUCGCACCAUCUCAUUCUCUCAGAAUCCAGAAAUUACAAGUGUUCCAGAACACUUGUUUGAUCGUCUUAGAGUACUUCGUGUUCUUGACUUUAGCAGCACUUCCAUCUCUACACUGCCAAAACGUGUAGGGAAAUUGAAGCUUCUUAAGGUUCUCAAUUUGUCUCAAACAAAGAUUAGGGAGGUGCCAUAUUGUGUUAGAAGACUCAAGAGUCUUGAGUAUCUUGAUGUUUCUGGAUGUAGUAACAUACAAUGUGUACCUGACUGGAUAGGUGAGCUCAAAUAUCUUUCUCAUCUCGAUGUAAGUGCAUGUUCAGAAGAACUUGAGUACAUGCCCAAGGGAGUAUCAAAACUCCUGAGUCUGAGGACACUAAGAUCGCGUGCCUUCCCUCUCUCUGUUCAAGACAAUGAGUUCUUAAAUGUUCAAGAUGUGGGCAACUUGAUCAACCUUCAGGAAAUAUCUUUUAGUUUAAAAGAUGAAGCUGCGUUGAGAAGCAUAGAAGAUGGUGUCCUUGAGCGUUUGGUGAAAAUGAGAUUUCUUCGUGUAGUAAAUAAUAUUCCUGCAAGGGAGGAUGAUACAGAAGAUUCGAAUCUUCCAGCAUUUCCAGAGAAAAUGAAUGUUAUGAAAGAUCUUCGAGGACUUUGGCUUAUUCGUUCUCCGUUCCAAAUUGGAUAUGUGGUAUGGUAA